AUGUGGGUCCGCAAAUGGAUUCAUAGGAGACCAGUUCUAAGUGCAUCAAAUAAUCUUUUCAAGGAGUUGGCAUUGGAAGAUCCAGUCGCGUAUCAUAAAGUAUUGCGAUUAACACGUGAAAAAUUUGAGGAGCUUUUGGAGAAAGUACAUCCACUUAUUCAGAAAAAAGAUACUCAAAUGCGUCCUGCUAUUCCAUCUCGGACUAAAUUGGAAAUUACUCUUCGGUAUCUAGCUACAGGGGACUCAUAUCAAUCUCUCGAAUUACUCUUCAGAGUUCCAGCCUGCACUAUUUGCACAUUUCUGCCAGAGGUUCUUGAUGCAAUCAGGCAAGUAUCAUGGGAUUAUCUAAAGCCGCCAUCUACACCAGAGAAAUGGAAACGCAUAAUGAAUAGAUAUGAGACACGAUGGAACUUUCCCAAUUGCGCAGGCGCCAUUGACGGAAAAUAUAUCGAGAUAAUACGCCCAGCCAAUAGUGGCUCUAAAUUUUUUAAUUACAAAGGCACUUACAGCAUUGUUUUAUUUGCUAUGGUAGAUGAUGAUUACAAUUUUACGUUCGUUGAUAUAGGAGCAAAUGAUCGAACAAGUGAUAGUGCCGUUUUUAAAGAUUCGAAACUUAAUCAGGGAUUAGAGAAUAAGUCAAUUGGUCUCCCAGAAAAUGCAGUGAUUGUUGGAGAUGACGCAUUCCCUUUGCGUACCAACCUCUUGAAACCUUACAGCAGGAGAUUACUUACUGAAAAAGAACUUAUUUUUAACUACCGAUUAUCUAGAGCAAGACGUAUUUCUGAAAACAUUUUUGGCAUAUUUGUAUGGAAUUUGGUGAUUUUUACGAUCAAUAAAUCAGACUCCUGA